UAAGUCUAUUUUUGUCGCUCAUCAACUUGAGGGCUGUGCCAGGAAAUGUUCGCCAUUAAGUAUAAAUGAAAUCAAAAUUUGGACAAUAGGUAGUGUAGUUUAGUUGGCGAAACCUAGAACUCCUACACUCUUGAUUGAAGAUCAUCAAAGCGGCAACAAAAUGCUUUUCCUAGCCUGCUUGAUACUUCUGGCACAAACUACAAACUCCCAGUGGAGUGAUGACGACUAUUCGUUUUCUGCACCGGUAGGAGCGGGAAAAGGAUCCGUGUAUGCCAUUCAGGGAAGCGGGAGAAUUACUGGCGUUCGAAUGUGGGAGAGUUACAACAGCUACGUAACUGGCAUCCAGCUACGCUAUGGCUACCUCUGGAGUCAAAUUGCAGGCUACAGGAGAGGCCAAGUUCAAGAGCUGUUGUUGUAUGAUGAUGAGGCAAUUGUGCAAUUGGCUGGAAAAUACCUCCACAACAUUCAGUCUCUAGUGUUUACUACCAACAUGAGUCGUUCCCUGUAUGCCGGCCAGCCUUCUGGGUAUUCAUUCAAUAUGUACCCACACAGCAAAAAGGCUGAACUCCGCUUCAUCAGUGGACGUCAUAGCAGUGGGAUCGCCUCUAUUGGGGCACACUGGGGAGUUGUAACUGACCCUCACGGCAUUCAUAAUGCCAACACUAAUGACACUAGUUCCUACUAAUUACCAUCAAGAUAGCAAAUAUUUCAUUUUGUUUGAGCCGAUGAAAACGAAUGCUUAAUGUUUUGCAUCUUAAUUCCAUCUCUCUCCAAUGUGAACUAGAAUUAGUGAAUGAGGAUUGUGAAAGUUUCUUAAAGCCUUUAUUUCUCUGGCUUCAAAUGUGAUUUUGAUCAUGAUUUUGUUUUGUAUGAUAUUUUGAAGCUGAUUGAAUAUUUAGCCACCAGACUGAUAAUGUACGAAAAUACUGCAUUGUAUGAAAUGCUUUUAAUACUAAUAAAAUAUAUGUGAUUGUGCUGUUAUUUA